AUGUCCUCGAACACAGAGUACUCGCAGACUUUGCAGCACAUUACAGAUGCGAAACUCGAUGAGCUCUCCAACAAGCGCCAGAUCUUUUUGAAGCGCAAAGCCGAUGCGUUGGCAGAGGCGGAGGCUCAAGACACUCCAGCCGAGAAGCUUCGGGUUCUAUCCAACGGAGUUAAGACCUGCUUCGACGUUCGUGUCAAAGACGACGGCCGUGUGGCGGACCCCAUACAUAGCGACCGCCGUCUGAUCACGGAGCUCUCGAGCCUAGACCGCUUUCUAAAGCAAGCUCAAUACGAUCCGUCUAUUUCGCAGGAUACCCUGGAGCGAUGGCGCCGCUCUUUGCUGAGAGUGCUCGACGUCCAGACUCUGAAAUACGAGUACGCGACGCUGUUUGCCCAGCUCACCAUGGAGUGGUUGUCAGUCAAGAGAAAUCCCAAGUCGGACGCGUCCAAAUCAGAAGGGUUCGAAAAGGUGGCGAGCUCUGAGAAGAUAGAGUCGAGAAAGCAGUGGGAAGACUUCGUGUUCACCCCGGUCGAUAUUGAGGCCGACACCGUCAAGACUUUUCUCAGCGAUCUCUUCACGAGCCCGGCCAAUCCGUCUACCUUGUCUGAAGAAACAACGGCCGACAACGCGAAAGCCGUUGUCAAAGCGCUAGACAGACUACGCGAGAAGGUCACCAAUUUUGAGACUCGACUAACCAGUUCGUCUCAGUUUGACGUCCCUACUCUAGACUGGGUGAUAUCUGGCCUUAUCAGUUCAGACCUUCCAACCGAAAAGCAACGCGCCGUCCUGCGAGACUUCUUGAAAGACCGCACUGUCUUGGCCGAGUUGGCCGAUGUUCUGAACAUGCGCCUCGCCGCACUGCACUCCUGGUCAUGGGGCCCGGAGGUCACCGUCGAACAGCGAAGGCAGGUAAACGGCUCGUACCAGGUUCAUAUGCACGAGGACCUUAUCCAGGCAAUCUUUCUACAGUACUUGGGUGUCAAGUGGUCUGUAUUCUUCAAAGAAAUCUUCGGGGACUUCCGCAGGACGAAAAACGUGUGGACUUCUCCACGGUCAAUUGUCCCAGCUAUCGACAAGAAACGGCGGGCGUUCUUCCUCGACCAGCGCGAUGAUAACCCAAAUUUGCAGAUCGUUAGAGAAUCCAUCCAUCGGAGUGCGUACUUUGUUUCCCAGCUUAUGAGUGGUGUGACGCAAGUGAGAAAGGAGGAAGAGGGGGAACAAGAGGCCCAGGUCAGGGUCGCCUCCUCCAGCGUUCGUCAUAAGAAGAUGGCUCCACCAGCGCCUGCCGCCGCCAGGUUCAUGAGCUGCCCUUCCGAUGAUGAGGAGGCAGACGAGAGCGACGAGGACAUGGGCUUCGGUUUAUUCGACGACGACAUGCCCAAUGAUGACUAUGACCCCGACCAGUCCUACUUGGCACCGUUUCCGGACAGUAUUAUGCGACCAACGAACCAGAUGCAGGCGAAGCAAAACCUUCUACUUCUGCUCAGCGCAGAUAUUACGAUCAAUAAACGGCUAUAUGGCGAGAUCACAUGCUUCCGUACCCAGUACGAAUCACUGUAUUCAAGCCUGUCUCAUCCAACCAUUCUUGCGGUCCUCGGCUUCUUUGGCGUCUCUGAAAAGUGGCUCAACUUUUUUGAGCGGUUUUUGGCUGCCCCGUUGAAGUUUGCUGAUGAGCCUAACGCUGAACCCCGUCUGCGUCGUCGCGGUACGCCUGGCGCUCAUAUUUUGAGUGAGGUCUUCGGAGAGACAACCCUGUUCUGUCUCGAUUUCCUGAUUAAUAAGGAAACGAACGGCGAGUCGUUGUGGAGAGUCAACGAUGACCUCUGGUUUUGGUCUCGCGGCCAAGAGACCAGCAUUGCAGCGUGGAACGUCGUUCAGAAAUUCAACAAGGCAAUGGGUCUUACCUUGAGCACCGAAAAAAGUGGCAGCGCAAAUAUCGCUUCCGGCACCAGUGCCGCUAGCACGAUUGAAUCCCUGCCCACAGGUAAAAUCCGAUGGGGCAUGCUCUAUCUCAACCCCAAAUCAGGGCGUUUUGAGAUUGACCAGGAGACGGUGGACUCCCACAUAGCAGAGCUCAAACACCAACUCAAAGACAAAGAAGCGAGCAUCUUCAGCUGGAUUCAGGCAUGGAAUUCCUACGCGUCUACCUUCUUCACCUACAACUUCGGCACGCCCGCCAACUGCUUCGGCCAGGAACACGUUGACAUGAUGCUCCAAACGCAUGAGCGCAUCCAGCGCGAGAUCUUCUCGUCCGGCCCGACCAACUCCAAUGCCAAAGGUGACAAAAGCGUAGUCACAUUCCUGCGCGAGACGAUCCAGUCCCGCUUCGGAAACACCUCUAUCCCAGAUGGAUACUUCUUCCUCCCCAUCGACCUCGGCGGUCUGGAACUCUCCAGCCCAUUCAUCAAUCUCGUCGGCCUCCGCGACGCCGUCACGGAAAGCCCUGACUCCAUAAUGGACGGUUUCUUCAAGGCCGAAAAGGACUGGUAUGAUACCUUGAAACGCCGCUACGCAGCCAAGGACAAAGACCGCGUCAUCGCGCAGCAUAAAGGCUUCAAGCCAGACGACGUGGACACCUUCAUGUCCUUCGAAGAGUAUACCCGCCACCGUGAACUCCUCAACUACAACUUCGGCGGCCAACUGCUCCAUGUCUACGGGAAUCUCCUCCGCCGGCCAUCCCAGCAGGUCAUUGAACAUGACCCCACUAGCGCCGUCGCCGCGGGAUUCGGCCAGCUGAAAGAUCAGUCCGGCUUGUCUGGCAUCAAGGGCAAUUGGAGCUCCAUGACCCCGUACUGGAAGUGGGUUGCGCAGCUCUAUGGGCCUGAGAUUGUGGACUUGUUUGGCGGGUUUAAUGUUGUUGAGCCUGGACUCUUGCCGAUUGGUUUGAUCAGCCAGUUCCGUAGUGGGAGGGUUAGUUGGAGGGAGGAGUAG